AAGGAUCUUACUGUUGCAGUUGCUGAGAACAGAGUCAGAACCAUGCCAGCAAAGGCUCCAAUUAAAAAGUCCCCAGCAGCUAAAGCUGCUCCAGGUAAACCACAGGCAGCUCCUGCGCCUGUGCCUGAGCCAGUCCAGGAAGUCCCUGUACCAGAAGUCCCUGUACCAGAAGCCCCUGUUCCUAUUCCAGAACCUGUUGAGAAUUCUGUUCCAGAGGCAUCUGCACCACCCACAGAAACCCCAGCCCCAGAAACAGAAGUUUCUGUUCCAGCACCAGCUGCACCAGUUUCAGAACCAGAAAAGGCUCCUGAAGUAGUUGAAGAACCUCCACCUGAACCAGAAGCUUUAAAAGAAGAACCACCAAGUGAGCCUAUAGAAUUAACAGUGGAUGAAAUUGAUGACACUUCGAUAUCCCUUAAAUGGAAAGCUCCAGAAAAGGAAGGAACUGCUGCCCUGGAUGGAUACUUACUGGAAUACCAAAAAGAAGGCAGUCAAGAAUGGAUUGCUGUGAACAAAGAGCCAAGUGUUUCAACUCGCUACAAAAUUCAGAAUUUGAAUACUGGUGAUAAGGUCACUGUCCGUGUUACAGCAGUUAGCAAAGCAGGAAACAGUGCUCCAAGGGCACUUGAAAAUUUUGUUCAAAUUCGAGAAAUUGUGGAUCGUCCCAAAAUCCGUCUUCCAAGGUACUUGCGUCAAACAUUUGUGAAACAUGUAGGAGAAGCAGUGAAUCUGGUGAUCCCGUUCCAGGGGAAGCCAAGACCUCAGGUCCAUUGGACUAAAAAUGGACAACCUCUGGAUCCUAAACAUGCAAGUGUCAGAAACAGUGAGAGUGACACUAUUCUUUUUAUCCGAACUGCUGAGCGUAAGGAUUCUGGAAUAUAUGAACUGACAGUACAAAUUGACACGCUGGAGGAUAAAGCCAAGAUUGAGAUAAAAAUUGCUGAGCGCCCUGGGCCACCAAAGAGUAUUAAGCUGCUGGAUGCUUGGGGAUUUAAUGCAGCUUUGGAGUGGACCCCACCACUUGAUGAUGGAAAUUCAGAUAUUACAGGAUAUACUGUGCAGAAGGCAGACAAGAAAACUGGGGAAUGGUUUACUGUACAAGAGCAUUACCGCCAGACUAACUGCACUGUUUCAGACCUGAUCAUGGGAAAUUCUUAUUUCUUCAGAGUAUUUUCAGAAAAUUUGUGUGGCCUAAGUGAAAAGGCUGCAGUGACUAAAGAUUGUGCUUUUAUUAAGAAAACUGGAAUCACUUAUACACCCCCAGAGUAUAAGGAUCGGGAUUUUGCAGAGCCACCAAAAUUCACCCAGGCGCUAGCUAAUAGGGCAACAACAACUGGAUACAGUACUAAACUGUUCUGUUGUGUCCGUGGAAGCCCAAAGCCCAAAAUUGUGUGGCUAAAGAAUCAAAUGGAAAUUAGAGAGGACCCUAAAUUCCGGUGCCUUGUUAAUCAGGGAGUCUGCUCUCUUGAAAUUCGCAAGCCCUGUCCUUUUGAUGGUGGAGUUUACACCUGUAAAGCAAUCAACUCAUUAGGGGAAGCAAGUGUAGACUGCAGACUUGAUGUCAGAGUGCCCCAGUAAACAGGAUACUAAUAAAUAAGAGGAGAUUGCUGAAUGAAAUUAAUGAAGACACACAAUCUCAUACAGUUUUCUCAAAACAAAUGAUGUCCUGUACUUGUUUUAUUUCAUAUGACUUAUAAUAAAGGAUUUAAUUAGCA